ACGCUACUCUCUAUGAGGCGUUGAAAUAUGAGAAAGGCAUUAAUAAGUUUAUUCAGGUACAAUUCGUAUCAUAGAUGAGGUUAUGUUACUUAAGCCUUUCAAAUUUAAAUGUAAUCACAAAUAUACGGAUCCUAACAGAAACGUAUCUGAAAAUAUAUGAAAGUAUUCAUAAGAAAGUGAUAAAAUGAAAGUAUUAGUAUGUUAAGAUAUAAAGUACUGUAGGGCUCUAUUUGUUGGGACCUGAUCUCUUCGAGUGAAUUCUCAUCCUGCGCACCGACAAGAGAAUCCUCCGUAAAAUUGAUAACCUCUUCAAACAUAUUUUUCUUCAUUAUUUUAUUUGAGAUUGAAAUCAUAGAUUACUCACAAUAUUAUCUACAAAAUUUUAAUUUUAUUAAUAUGGAAUAGCAUAUUAUAAUAAUAUUUUGAAAUUAAAAUAUAGUAUUUAUAUGAUGACCUAUUCGUGAUUUUUCUGAAUAUAGAAUAAUACAUAUAUUAAACAAAUCAUUACUGAAAAUACAAAAUAUAAAAUAAACAGAAUUUAUCUUUAACAACGAACAAUUAAUAUAAUCUAUAUUCAAUGAAACUCGAUUAAUAGAUUUGUAACACAAUACAAAAAUAGAAUAAAGCAAAUAAUAAAUUAAUCGAGUAUUAAUCGAGUUAAAUCGAAUAUAAUCGAUUCAUAAUUUUUAUUGAAAUCGCCACUAGAAUGCGCUCUUGAAGUUUAGAUAGUUUACGCGUGAUGUACAGUAAACGUUGUUUGAAGAGGUUACACAGUUUAGCUAUCACAAUUUAGAAAUUCGUGAAUAUGUCGGUAUGUUACUCGAGGUUUCUUGUGAAUGUUGAAAUGUUUCUUGAAAAUGGUGUAUAGACGCUAUCGAGAUCCUGGAGUUUUUUUAGAGCAAUGGUGCCACGGUUCGGAUACAUCGAGUUCUACUAUUAUAUAAGUGCAGAAACAACAUUUAAGGAUCUAUUUAAUAGUACCUCAUGCGCGAAACCACCCUACGAAUGUCCACAUCCCCAGAUUGAAUUUUAUUUGUACACCAGAGAAACACAGAAAAAACCUUUACGCAUAGACGUUCGCAAGUUUGAUUCACUUUAUUAUUCCAAAUUUAAUAAAUCGCAUCCCACGAAAAUUAUUAUUCACGGUUUUGGAGGAGGAAGAAAUUUAAUACCAAGUCCGGAUCUUCGAAAAGCAUAUUUCACGCGAGGUAAUUACAAUAUUAUAAUCGUCGAUUAUGGUACGUUAGUACGCGAGCCCUGUUUGUCGCAAAUACAAUGGGGCCCAGAUUUCUGUUCACGAUGUAUUGCUCAAUUGGUAAGAUAUUUGAGGGAUCAUCCUCGAGGAACAAGAGUGGAGAAUAUACACGUACUUGGAUAUAGCGUGGGCGCGCAUAUAGCUGGUCUGAUAGCGAAUUAUUUGCCCGAUGAUAAACUUGGAAGAAUUACAGGUAGACUCGAUCCUACGAUAUUUUUCUACAUGAAUGGAAAUCGAUCGAUGGAUUUAGACGAGACGGACGCGCAUUUCGUCGAUGUAAUUCACACUGGUGCUGGAAUUUUGGGUCAAUGGGGACCAACCGGCCAUGCAGAUUUUUAUGUGAACGGAGGCUCCAGCCAACCCGGAUGCGCAACAUAUUCCUUGCUUCAGACGCUGUCAUGCGAUCACACAAAAGUGACUCCUUAUUACAUAGAAUCGAUCACGACGAAAGUAGGGUUCUGGGCAGCUCCGUGUGGAAAUCUUUUUUCUUACCUGAUCGGCUGGUGCAAUCCGAAAUUCGAGGAAUACAUACUGAUGGGAGAAGACGCUCCGCAUACAGCACGAGGCAUCUACUAUCUCUCAACAAACGCACACAAACCAUACGCCCGCGGCCUUCCCGUAAAAAACCAACGAACGACAAAUCGGAAACGAUCGUCCUCCCACCAGUAUUGAGCUUAUUGAAGCAACUGAUUAAUAUAAUUAUAGAAUAAUUAUAGUACAAGUAUUUGUUAUUUUUGUAUGGAUCGUACGACGUGUUACGUUUGAAUCUGUUGUUUCUUUAUAUAUUUUUUAAUUAAUUUUUACGUAAUAAACUAUUUUGCUAGGCAACCUACCGUGAAUAACCGCAUACCAUUGGUAGCUGAUUCAUGCAUUUGUUCGUAUUCCAUAUUAUUAUAGUCUUCCAAGAACUUUCACUCUUUCCAAUUCUAACAAUUCUAUGUAAUCAUUCAUUUGUUUCAUGACCAUGAUUGUUCCAUAUUCUUGUUAAUUUUAAAUCUGGCUUUUUUUACUGUCACGGCUCGUUGUUUUCUUAAAUGAGGUGAAUGCAAGCCGGACUUCGACAUAUUUUAUUUAAAAUAUUGAAUUAUUUCAUCUACUUUAUUAAACUUUAUUUAAAACUAUGUAACUAUAUAUUUAAAAUCAAGUAAAUUAUUUUUAAAUUA